AGCGGCGCACUGUCUGAGCGACUGAGCCUCCGCUGCCGUCUUCCCGACGAGGACGACGACUUUGGCUUUGGACAGUCAGCUAAGGUAGCUGGGCUCGGCCGUCAAGAGGAAGAGAAAAGGGGCAGUGGUCGGGUUGGGCCAGAGCUCAUUAGGGCAUCCUCGUCGAAUGCCGAGCCUUUGCCUAGAUUCGAGAGAGAGAGGGGAGGGAGAUAGAAAAAGGAGAGUUGUGUAAUGACGCCCAAUCCACUGGAAAACUAUGAUCGCUAGGCGAAGGAAGGAAGAACCACGCGUGAGUGGAGAGGGAGAGAGAGAGAAGCUUGCUUGCCGUUGGCUAAUGGCGGCUGAGGAGUAGGAGACGAAGUACCCUGGAGUUGUGAAACCAAAGGUGAAGAAGGAGGUCGAUCGAGGAUUUCCUUUCCCUGAGUGUCUAAAGGUGAAAAAGAUGUCGACAUAAUUUAAUUUGAACGGAAGGAGAAAAACCGGCAACUCUACCGAUAGAGAGAGAGGACUGAUGAAAGCGGCAUGGAAGCGGAAGUGACGCUCUCGCACGCAGCGAAGCGAUCAAGAAACAAUGUCAAAGCUCUGCCAAACGAGGUGAGGCAGCAAACUGCGACCACGGAAGAAGACGACGACAUCGAUGAGGAAGAAGAUGAAGGAGGAGGAACAGGAGGAGAGGAUGAGGAGGAAGGAGAAGACGGAGAAGAGGACACAAAGCCGUCGUCCAGCUCUUGGCAGCUGCAACAGCAAUCUAUGCAGCUGCAGAUGCAGCAUCCGCAGCCGUCCAGGAUCUUUAGGGUUUCGAGGGCAUCUGGGGGCAAAGACCGGCAUAGCAAGGUACUGACCGCGAAGGGCCUUCGUGACCGCAGGGUGCGCCUUUCGGUGUCAACCGCUAUUCAAUUCUACGACCUGCAGGACAGGUUGGGUUUCGAUCAGCCCAGCAAGGCUGUGGACUGGCUCAUAAAAGCUGCUGCCGACGCCAUAUCAGAGCUUCCUUCUCUGGAAGGCACGCUCUUCGACAGGCUGCCAUCCGCCGCCCCCGACCAGGACCCUGCCCAACCUCUCCCUCUGAGCACCCGAUCAGCCUGCAGCAGCACCUCUGAGACAAGCAGAGGCUCCGUUUUAUCACUUUCACGCUCUGAGAUACGGGUGAAGGCCAGAGAGAGGGCUAGGGAGAGGGCGAAAGAUAAGGUCGUCACCGUUGCCACGACCGCCACCACAACAUCGGUUGAAGAGGUCGCCUCCCAGAAAUGCAACACUCAGCAACACCAACCACCCUCCUCGUCUUCCUCGUUCACGGACCUCCUCAUGGACCUUCAGAAUCAGCACCCAGGCUUCCCGUCCAAGACCAGCAACAAGCACCCCGUCUCCCUCAAGAAGCCGGAGCCGCCGCCCAUGCUUCCACCGAUCCUCGACUACUUCAACAUGAACGCGGCCGCGUCCAUCUUCUCUCAGGGCAAACCUCAGGCCUCCUUGGUCAUGCCCUCACCGAACCUCGUGAACUCGGCUCAGCUGAUGAGCAGUGCUCCGUUGAGCCCGCCUUGUAACCUGGGGUUGGUGGACCAUCACCCAGAGCUUCAGCAAUUCGCUUUCUUGCAAGGCAACCACGUCCCUGUCGCCAACUCGAACGACUACAACUGCUUCGCUGCCGGCUCCAAUAGGGGGACCCUUCAGUCCAAUUCAUCUGCAUUGAUGUCUCAGCACCACCAUCACCAGCUCCAGAAGCUCGCCCCUCCGUUUCCCAACAACCAAGGAGCGUCCCCAGGGCUGCCGUUCUUCAUCGGGCAACCGCAGGCAAUAGGUGGGAGCCAGUUCCAAACUGGGUUCGACGCUCGUCUUCAUCUGUAUUACGGCGACGGAUGCAGGCACACCGACCUCAAGGAAGAAGGGAAAAGUUGAUGGCCUGUCAGUAAUAGGGAAGCAGUCAUUCUUCUCUUUCUCUCACAGGUACACCGAUCUACCUCUUUCUUUUCUCUUCCUCCACUUACCAAAAAGUGCAAAACCAUUAUCACACACACGAGGCAAACGGUUAAUGGCCAUCGUUGUUGCCGUCACAUCCUUUUUCCUUUUCUUAAAAUUCGGAUCAUCGUCUCUGUUGUAAUUGUUGCUGUUAUUAUCAUUUAGUAUGAUUUUCGACGCAUGCGGUGUCCUUGGUGCUGUCCAUCAGCGGACUGUUGUCGACCUUUCCCUUGUUUUUCGAAUGGUGUUCCCUAUUCUGAUUGAAUACAUGCCUUUUUUUUCUGUAA